AUGAACAAUAAUAAUGUGAACCCAUCUCUCGACCAGAAUUACACUUGGAACAAUAUCACCAUGAACAACAAGUAUGAUAGCCAUCAUCAUCAUCAUGACGAUUCGAUCGGUAUGGCGGCCAUGGACCAACACACUCAACUCCACAUCUUUAAUCCUUUCACUUCAUCUUCUUCUUCUCAUUUCCCUCCUCUCUCUUCCUCCCUCACAACCACCACGUUUUUCUCCCGAGAUCAAGAAGAAGGCGAAGAAGAAGAAGAAGAGCCUGUAGAAGAACUCAGUGCUAUGAAAGAAAUGAUGUACAAGAUCGCAGCCAUGCAGCCCGUAGACAUCGAUCCAGCAACCAUCAAGAAACCCAAACGCCAUAACGUUAGAAUCUCCGACGAGCCUCAGAGCGUAGCAGCAAGACAUCGACGCGAGAGAAUCAGCGAGAGGAUCAGAAUCCUCCAGAGACUCGUCCCAGGUGGCACCAAGAUGGAUACAGCUUCAAUGCUGGACGAAGCCAUACGUUACGUUAAGUUCUUGAAACGGCAGAUAAGGCUUCUCAAUAAUCCUCUUACGCCGCAAGAUCAAGCUUCUCAGGCGGUGAUGACGCCAUGGGUUUCGCAGCCACCACCAUGA